UUUCUGCUAUAUUUUUAUUUUUAAAAAAAAUUGUUUCUGAAAGCCAUCUUAUUCUACCGAACAAUCAAUUUAUCAUUGUAAGAACUAAGAACUGGUUCAGAGCCACUUCUGUCCCGCGCAGGGUUGCUAAAUUUCGUCUCUCGACUCGCAUCCAAACGAUUCUUACCCUUUUCUUCGCUUUAAUCCCAGCAACAUCAACUUCAGAAUUUUCCAUCUGAAACCUGAUUUGCUCUGUCUCAUCGAAAUGCUCAAAUGCGCCUCUGUUGUCGGCCUUCGUCCGGCGCCAUUCAUCUCUUCACCAAGUCGAUUUUAGCCGCUACGACCCUGACCAUCCAUCGCCGGAAAAUAUCUGAGUACUGCACCGCCAGAAAUUCCAGCUUUCAGGUCAACCCUCAUCAGAAAGAUGCCUCCUUCUGGGAUAAAACUUUUAGGGGCCUAUGUCUCACGGGGAGAUUGUCAGAAGCUGUUGCACUUUUGUGCUGUAUGGCCUUGCAAUUUCACUCAAGAACUUACUGUCUUCUGUUACAAGAAUGCAUUUUCAGGAAAGAGUAUAUGAAAGGAAAAAGAAUCCAUGCCCAAAUUGUUGUUGUUGGACAUUUACCCAGUGAAUAUCUGACGACCAAACUACUGAUUUUGUAUGCCAAAUCAGGUGACUUGGGAACUGCAUAUAUCCUUCAUGAGAAAUUGCUGGGCAAAAGUCUGGUUUCAUGGAAUGCAAUGAUUGCUGGGUAUGUACAGAAGGGGCUCGGAGAAGUUGGAUUGGAGUUUUAUUUGAAGAUGAGACAAAGUGGAAUGGUGCCUGAUCAGUAUACCUUUGCAUCAGUUUUCAAAGCCUGUGCUACUCUAGCAUCUUUGGAGCAUGGAAAGAGAGCUCAUGGAGUUCUGAUAAAGUGUCAAAUUGGGGACAAUGUUGUUGUUUCUAGUGCUCUUGUAGAUAUGUACUUCAAAUGCAGUAGCUUAUCUGAUGGGCGUAGGGUAUUUAACAUAUCUUCAAAUAGGAAUGUAAUUACAUGGACUGCUUUGAUAUUUGGAUACGCCCAGCAUGGAAGGGUCUUUGAAGUUUUGGAAUCCUUCAACAGUAUGAUCAAUGAAGGUUACAGACCAAAUCAUGUUACUUUCCUCGCUGUUCUUGCUGCUUGUGGCCGUGGAGGUUUUGUGUCCGAAGCACAGAGGUAUUUUUCAUUGAUGAUGACAGACUACAGAAUUGAGCCAAGAGGGCAACACUAUGCUGCCAUGGCGGAUCUUCUCGCACGGGCAGGGAGGUUGGAAGAGGCCUAUAAUUUUGUUCUCAACGCCCCUUGCAAGGAGCAUUCUGUCAUAUGGGGUGCUUUGGUUGGGGGUUGUAAGGUUCACGAAGACAUAGAUUUGAUGAAAUAUGCAGCGGCAAAUUACUUCGCAUUGGAUGCUGAAAACUCUGGGAAGUAUGUGGUUUUAUCAAAUGCUUAUGCCACAUCUGGGCUGUGGGACAACGUUGCAGAGGUUAGAGAUAUGAUGAAGAAAACAGGAAUGACCAAAGACCCUGGUUACAGUAGAAUUGAGAUUCAAAGGGAGUUCCGUUUUUUUUUCAAGAGCGAUGAAUCUCACAAAGAAACCGAGGAGAUUUAUAGAACCAUUAACAGAUUAACUCCAAUUUUGAAGGAUGCAGGUUAUAUUGCUGAACUAAGAGGAAACUGAGUUGAUAACAUUGUGAAGUUGGUGUAUCUUUGAAUAGAAAGGUCACAAAUCUGAGUGAAAAAGUAGAAUACAUUACCAUUCUCGUUAUUAGCUCAGAGUUGAGCCAGUUCAUACUAUAGUAGAAAGAAAUGUUGAGAUUGCUUA